GGUACGCGGGUCGGCUAGCGCCGGGCCGAGCGCGGAGCCAUGCGCCAGGCUGGGACCGGGACCGGGGGCGCGUUGGUGGCGGUGGUGGUGCCGGUGGCUGUGCCGCUGCUGCUGCUGCUGCUGCUGCUCGCUCGGUCCCCGCCUGCCGCCGCCGGCGACGGCCAAAAGAGCGAUGCCAGGCUGGUGUCGGAGCAGUUUUCGCAGGCCCCGCAGAAGCUGGCUUUCUACAGCUGGUAUGGCAGCGCCAGGCUCUUCCACUUCCGGGUACCCCCAGACACAGUGCUGCUGCGCUGGCUGCUGCAGGUGUCCAGGGGCAGUGGCCCCACCUGCACCAACGUGGAGAUCACCGUGUACUUCCGCUAUGGUGCCCCUCCCGUCAUCAACCCACUGGGCACCAGCUUCCCUGACAACACCUCCGUUCAGCCCUCCUUCUUCCUCAAGAUGCUGCACAGCAACGCCUCCAUCAACAUCUCCCACCCAGCACCCGGGGACUGGUUUGUGGCCGCCCACCUGCCCCCUUCAUCCCAUAAGAUUGAGGUGAAGGGCUUUGUUCCCACCUGUGCCUACAUCUUCCAGCCUGACAUGCUGGUCGUGCGAGUGGUCGAGGUCUCCAUCCUGGAGCCUGACGUGCCUCUUCCACAGACCCUUCUCUCCCACCCCAGCUACCUCAAGGUCUUCGUCCCCGAGUACACCCAGGAGCUGCGGCUGGAGCUGCAGGGCUGUGCGUCCAAUGGGAGCCUGGGCUGCCCUGUGCGCCUCACCGUGGGCUCGGCCACCCUGCCUGGAAACUUCCAGAAGGUGCUCACCUGCAGCGGCCCCACCCAGGCCUGCCACCUGCUGCUGCCCUCACCACCCUGGGACCGGUGGCUGCAAGUGACGGCCAAGAGCCUUGCCGGGCCCCGUGUGUCCGUGGCUUUCAGUGCUGUGGCUGCCCUCACAGCCUGCAGGCCGUGGAGUGUGAACUUCCAGCACCUUCUGCAGAGCAGCCCAAACCAAAGCAGCAACGCCUCCACUGGUCUGCUGCCCCCGACCCCCAGCUACCAGGACCUGGACCGGAGGGGCAGGGUGGGCGGCGGCUCCUUCUGCCUCAGGAGCUUCCCCGUCCUGCGGGAAGACGUGGACGUGGUAUCUGUGCGCUUCCAGCCCCUGGACAGGGUCUCGGUGCUCGUGCAGUCGGACAUGCCCUCGGUGAUGCAGCUGAACCUCAACACAGGCAUGGACAGCGGGGGCUCCCUCACCAUCUCCAUGCGGGUCAACAAGACUGCGAUUGCCAACACCUCAGUGGUAGCCUGUGUGACUGCUGCCUCACCCUUGCUCAGCUUCAACGCUUCGCUCAGCUGCACCACAGGUAUAGGUGGCAUCCGGCCCAGGGACCAGCAGGCCUUCUGGCUCCCUAUGACCAGGCCUUCCUCCUCCCCUGCAGCCUUCUUCCAGGGCCACCCCCUGUCUCUGAGUGCCUCUUCUCCCACGGCCAACCUCAUCAUCCCCUACCCAGAGACAGACAACUGGUACCUCUCCCUGCAGCUCAUGUGCCCUGAGAGACCUGAGGAGUGUGAGCAGGCCUCGGUCCUCGUGGAGACCACCUUGAACUUGGUGCCCUGCUUGAAUGACUGUGGACCCUACGGCCAGUGCCUCCUGCUGCGCAGACAUGGCUACCUGUAUGCGGGCUGCAGCUGCAAGGCAGGCUGGCGUGGGUGGAGCUGCACAGACAACAGCACAGCCCAGACGGCGGCCCAGCAGAAGGCGGCUGCCCUCUUGCUUACCCUGAGCAACCUCGUGUUCCUGGCCCCCAUUGCCAUCUCCGUGCACCGCUCCCUCCUGGUGGAGGCCUCCGUCUACGCCUACACCAUGUUCUUCUCCACGUUCUACCAUGCCUGCGACCAGCCGGGUGAAGCGGUGCUGUGCAUCCUCAACUAUGACACACUGCAGUACUGCGACUUCCUGGGCUCUGGAGUGUCCAUCUGGGUCACCGUCCUCUGCAUGGCCCGGCUGAAGGCUGCCCUGAAAUACGUUCUGUUUCUCCUGGGCGCUCUGGUCUUCGCCAUGUCCUUGCAGCUGGACCGCAGGGCCGCCUGGAACACAAUGGGGCCUUGCCUCUUUGCCAUUGUGGUCAUGGUCACCAUGUGGGUGUACCGCUGCGGGCGCCGGCGCCACUGCUACCCCCCCUCCUGGCAACGCUGGGUCUUCUACCUCCUGCCCGGCAUCUCCAUGGCCGCUGUGGCCAUCACCAUCUACACUUCCAUGAUGACCAGCGACAACUAUUACUAUACCCACAGCAUCUGGCACAUGCUGCUGGCAGGGAGCGCAGCCUUCUUGCUGCCACCACGUGAACAGCACACCAAGCCCUGGGCCUGCUCCCAGAAGCUCACCUGCCACUAUGAGAUCUGCAAGAACCACCGGGACGAGCUGUACACAGUGACAUGACACAGCCAGCUUGGGGACGUCUGCAGCUUUGAUGAUCUCUCUAGCCAGGGGCAGGACCAAAGGAGAGGGACCCUGUCCAGAUCCAUUUCCAACUGAAUAAAAUUGCCCUGAGCACUCUUUUGCUUUCUCCUCCUGAGGAGAGGACCACACCCCCAACUCCCUUGUGCCCACUGGCUGCCAGCUGACUCGGUCACUCUGCAGGUCCCAGCUGGUAUCUGCAGUGGCCCCUGGGGCCUGGGCCUGGCUGCCUGGAGACCACAGGGAGCAUCUCCUUGAGUUACUCCCAGGAGAGAAGGUGAUGGCUGCCGCCCCCCAAUGGCCCAACCACACAUUUUGGGAGGGGGCUCCUGGAGGCCUGGCCCUGCCUUUCUCCUUCCUCUGUGGUGGAAGCACGGUAAGGGCUGCUGACUGCCCCAGGAGCAGUGCCCUGCCCCUCCCUAAGGGGCUGCUGUCUGUGUGAGGGUGCUGGACAGGGCUGCUGAGCCCAGGGUGGGGGGCACGCACUCUCCCAUCUUUUGGCCCUGGCGUCUUCCCUUCUGAGUCCUGUCCAGGCUGCGGCCUCCCUGGAGGCUUCCCGCACCCCCAGUCACCCAGCACUUGGCCACUGGAGCAUUCUCUAGGCUUGUAAAGCGGAAACAUUUAUAUACAGUAUUUUGGGGAGGAAUUUUUUCAAGACAUUUAAGACGUAUUUUUCUGUAGCUCUGAUUGCACUGUGAUUGGUGAAUUUAAUAUUCUACAUGAGGUUUCACGGCAAAAGAGUUUUUACAUUGUUUUCUGCGCUUCCUCCGGGAGGAGGGGAGGUGGGACCGAGAAUGACAAGUCCCUGCUCCCGGG